CUAAAUUUCGUCGAACCAUCAACGAUGACUGACAAAAACUCUUUGCUGGCGCUACUCCAACGCCCGUUGGAACCAACCUUUCUGCCAAAGGAUGACGGAAAAACCGUCAUCAUCGUACCGGAGGAGUACAUGAGCGAUCGGUAUCGACCACUGACAACGGAUAUUCAGUCCCGUCUGACCGGUGGAGCGGAAGUUGAGAUUCCGGUGCGAAACGUAGGCAUUCCGGAUAUCUCCUUUGCCGAAGUGAUUGAUCGGAGGGGAGCAUUUUCGCUGUUUAUCGAAAAGCAUCGAUCUAUCGCAGGUCAAUUGAUCAAUUUAUUCAUGAGUCAAAAAGAUGUUACAUCUUUGAUGGCGGUUGGUACCUACGCCAGGGAACGGUUGAAUCCGGUUCUGUUUCAGUAUGCAAUGACGGUUGCAAUGCAGCACCGUCCGGAUACCAAGGAUGUCCCGAUACCGCCUUUCAUCGAGCUAUUUCCGGAUCAGUUUGUCGAUCCGGCGACGUUUCCGAAACUACGCGAAGAAGGAAAUGUUGUUCAGGAGGGUCAACGGACAACCAUUGAUAUUGAACCGAACUUCACCGCCUCGGAUCGAGAGGUGGAACAACGCAUGGCUUACUUCCGUGAGGAUAUUGGAGUGAAUUUGCACCAUUGGCAUUGGCACUUGGUGUACCCAGCAGGAGCCGCUCCGGAAAUCGUUCGCAAGGAUCGACGUGGAGAGCUUUUCUACUACAUGCACAGUCAGAUUAUCGCCCGCUACAACGUGGACAGGUUCUGUAAUAAAUUGGCUCGUGCGCGGCCACUGUCGAACUACCGCGAAUCGAUUCCGGAGGCAUACUUUCCGAAGAUGGUCCGUAGUUCCAACAACCGUGCUUACCCGGCCCGGGCUGCCGACUCCGUUUUGCGGGAUCUAAAUCGUGUCGAUAACGAUACGAUAGUUUCCGUGAACGAUUUGCAGCGAUGGACCGAUCGGAUUCAUCAGGCGAUUGAUCAAGGAUUUGCUAUUGACACAAUUGGUAAGAACGUUCCACUGGAUGAAGUGAAAGGUAUUGACAUCCUGGGUGAUAUGGUAGAAGCUUCUACGUUGACUGUUAACAGAAGAUUGUAUGGCAGUUUACACAACACCGGUCACGAUGUGUUGGCGUACAUUCACGAUCCGGACUACCGCUAUCUGGAGGAUUUUGGUGUUAUGGGAGAUGUCACUACGGCUAUGCGAGAUCCGGUGUUUUACCGUUGGCACGGAAUGAUUGAUGGAAUCUUUAGGAAGUUUCUAGAAACGUUGCGACCGUACACAUCAGCUCAACUAGGUUUUCCAGGGAUCAAAGUGAACAGUAUCAAUGUUCGUCUUAACAAAGCAAACGCUCCAGCGAACAUUUUGCUGACCUUCUGGCAAAAAUCGCAAAUUGAUCUGGCAGCCGGUCUUGAUUUCGGACCUAAAGGAAAUGUUUUUGCUACCUUCACUCACCUUCAGCACGCUCCAUUUGCCAUCGAACUGAAGAUUACAAACUCAACGGGAUCGGUGAAGCGUGGAACGGCUCGAAUUUUCAUCGCACCAACGGUUGAUGAGAGAGGACAAAGAUUAGCGUUCAAAGAGCAACGUUUACUUUUUAUUGAACUGGACAAAUUUGGAGUGAAUUUGAGACCUGGAGAGAAUACAAUAACCCGCAGAUCGGAUCAGUCCAGUGUGACAAUUCCGUAUGAAAGAACGUUCCGCAGGAUAGGAUCGGCACAGACACCAACCGACUCAAGACAAAGAGAUAGCUUCCGGUUCUGUGGUUGCGGUUGGCCUCAGCAUAUGCUCAUACCGAAGGGAUCUCCUGAAGGAGUACAGUUUGAACUAUUCGCAAUGAUCUCAAACUUUGCCGAUGAUACAGUCAACCAGGAAUUCGAUGAAAACGUUGACUGUAACGAUGCACACUCUUUCUGCGGACUGCGAGACAAGUUAUAUCCUGAUAAGCGAACGAUGGGUUUCCCGUUCGAGCGAACAACACCGGCGACUGUUACGACACUGGCAGACUUCAUCGGUUCCAAUACCAACAUGGCAACGAACAAUUGUCAGAUUCGCUUCAAGAAUACCGUGAUUGCCAGAACUUGAGAUCCUAGCCUAAGAGGACGAACUAUGACAAAACUUGAAAUUUUCAGAUAACAAAAUAUAUUGCUCACGUAUUUAGUCAGA